CCUAGAAAGAGAGUGUCAUAGUGAGCUGAGGCAGGUAAAGAAAUCGGAUGUCCUCCUCUCGUCUAUGAUACGACCAUUUUUUUUCCUGCAGGAUGAGAUCUGGUUCUGACCUGGUAUCCUUUCCUUUUUUUUAAAAAGAUGCCCCAUGUCCUUUUUCUGUCCUUUCUCCUCAUGACGACAGGAGUCUGGGAUGCAGGAGAGUGUUCCUCAGGUGACGGAAAGACCUUAUGGUAUGAGUCGCUAAACCAAAAUGACUUCUUGCCUGGGGUGUUCCCUAAGGGAUUCCUCUGGGGUGUAGGAACUGCAGCAUUCCCAACUGAGGGCUCAUGGGAUCAGGAUGGGAAAGGACAAUCGAUUUGGGACCACUUUACUCACCACAAUGUUGGAACAGCAAACAUGACAGCAGACACAGCGAGCAACAGUUAUGUUCUCUGGGAAAAGGACAUCGAGUCACUUCGGUACCUUGGAGUGAAUUUUUACUCUUUCUCUAUAUCAUGGCCCCGUAUUUUCCCAGACGGUGAUGCCACAGGAAAACCGAAUCUUGCCGCUGUGAAGCAUUACCAGCAACUGAUUGACUGGUUAAAGGCACUCGAUUUGGAACCCGUGGUGACCUUGUUUUACUGGGAUUUGCCUCAAAUUUUGCAGGAAGAACUGGGAGGCUGGAGGAACGCAAAACUGGUCCAGAUUUUCGGAGAUUAUGCUACAUUUUGCUUUAAAACAUUUGGCCAAGAUGUGAGAUACUGGAUCACUGUGCACAAUCCACUCAUAAUUGCAUUUUUGGGCUAUGGGACAGGGAUUCAUGCUCCAGGGGUGUCCGGUGACCUUGCUGACCCUUUCAUCGUGGCACACAACCUCAUCAGGGCUCAUGCCAACGCCUGGCACAUAUAUGACAAGCACUUCCGUCCCCACCAACACGGGCAAAUCUCCAUCACACUCGGUUCCUAUUGGGUGGAGCCUUUUAAAGCCCAGGCUACACCAGUGCAUGUAGAGCUCUGUCAGAAGUCUAUGGAGGCUGUGAUUGGCUGGUUUGCAGAACCAAUUUAUGGAAAUGGUGAUUAUCCAUCUUCGCUACGCUCUUCUUACCCGGCCCUGGUCCCAAAUUUUACACCAGAGGAAAAGCUUUGGGUGCAUGGCACAGCAGAUUUCUUCUCACUGGCACUUGGGCCUGAUUCAGUACGUGCAGGAAGAGUUUGGGCUAAUUUUGGCCAGACAGGUGCACUGAACCUGAGAAAAAUUCUGGGCUGGAUCCAGAAGGAGUACGAGGACCCUUCGGUGCUGGUGGCAGAAAGCAGUUGGUUCUCUGACGCCUCUGUGGGAGUGGAAGACACGGUGGCCAUUUACAUUAUGAAGAAAUUUAUUAACCAAGUGCUUCAAGCGGUGGUCGUGGACCACGUGAAGGUAAUUGGCUACACAGCGUGGUCUCUAGUGGAUGGGUUUGAGUGGAAUAGCGGCUAUAGCAUACGAAGAGGACUAUUCUACAUAAACUUUAACCAGCCUGAACGCUCCAGAGUCCCGAAAACAACAGCUCAGUACUACAGGCAGAUCAUCAAGAACAAUGGCUUUCUUGACGAAACUGAGCCAGACAUUGAUGGUCAUUUUCCCUGCGAUUUCCAGUUUGGUGUAGCAGAUUUUAUCCUGCAGGUCCAACUACAGCCAUUUUCACCUCAGUUCACGGAUCCGGUGCCAUAUCGGUGGAACUUUAGCGGCGAUGGUUCUCUUCUUCCUGUCUCAGGAGUAACUCUUCGCACCCGUGGUUCCCAGUGCACUGACUUCCUCGCUAUUAAAAAUCACAUCCGCCUGCUAGAGGUCACAGGGUCCACACAUUACAGAUUUGCUUUGGAUUGGCCUCAGCUUUUCCCCAACGGUGACAUACUGUCUGCAGAUGCAGCAACGGUGCGAUAUUACCGCUGCAUGCUGACUGAGCUCCAGAAGAAGGGCAUCAGGGUAGCUGUUACACUUUACCACCCCAGCUUUAGGUCUCACACACUGGGCUUACCAAGGUUGCUCCAUGCUCAAGGUGGAUGGAUAAAUGCAAGUACGAGCGAUGCCUUUGUCAAAUAUGCCACGUAUUGCUUUCAAAAUUUUGGGCCAUUUGUGGAUGUCUGGAUCACUGUUAAUGAACCAAAUCGUCUGACAGAAGCGUACAAAGUGAGUGCAGAUGAAAGAGAUGCCAUAGUGCGCAACGUGUUGAUGGCACACGCUCGUGCAUGGAAUAUUUACCACACGCGUUUCCGUACCCAGCAGGGGGCGACCAUAAGUUUUGCACUCCAUGCCGAUUGGGUGGAACCGGCCAAUCCCUUUGUAGACUCUAAUGCCCAUGCUGUCCAACACUUCCUGUUCUUCGAACUUGGCCGUUUCCUUGAUCCUAUUCUACAAGAGGAAAACUACAUCGAUACAAAUAGCUGCCGUGACUGCUUUCGUGUUCCAUACUUUUCUGACGAUGAGAGGUUUGAGCUUAGAGGCACCCUAGAUUUCAUUGCACUCAAUCACUUCACAACUCGUCUGGUUUACCCAAAACUGAGGCAAGACCUCGAAUCUAGUUCAUUCAUCCAUGAUUAUGACUGCUCGUUCAUGACAGAUCCAACAUGGGCGUCCUCGAAUAAGGGCCAAGCGCUUGUCCCUUGGGGGCUACGCAGAGUCCUGAGGUGGGUGAAGAAUCGCUAUGGGAACAGUCAUCCUGUAAUUAUUACAGCCACUGGGAUUGAUGACCAGGCAUCCCAUAAUGACUACCUGAGGCAGCGAUACAUUAAGAGCUACAUGCAGGAAGCACUAAAGGCUCGUGAGCUUGAUGGAGUCGACGUGCGUGGUUUUUAUAUCUGGAAGCUUCAAGAUCAUCAUGCUCCAGAUUACGGCUUCUUCCUCUCCUCGCUCCAUCGCUCUCAACCCAAAGCCUCCGUCUCCGUUUACCGCCAGCUCAUUUCUCAAGGUGGCUUUCCCUCCAUCUCCGACCCAGGGACCUCUCCUUGCGAGCCAAGCGUGAGCCAAACGGAGUGUUGGAUCUGUAAGAACAAACCAUUUCUCUUCUUUGGCACAUGUGUCACGAUCAGUGUGUCUGUGCUGGCUGGCAUCAUGGUAACUGGCAUGAUGAAGAGAAGAAGGAGGAAGAGCAGGAUGAAGGCAAGGAAGAGGAGGAUAAACCAAGACAUUAAAACAAUGGUGUACAGAAUCUGAGAGACCUUUCUGUAUUGGUCACUACUUAGCAAGAAGUAGUCCAACAAUGGCAUGUUCGUUGUCUAAAAUGUGCUUGUGGAGGUAUUGAUGUCCUCUGGAACUCUGAGGUUUCUCUGAAAGUUUUUUCUUCAGGUUGUUUUAAAGAACAAACAUGUCUUAGCUGAAUAAGUUUAGUGGAAAUUGUGUGCAUUUCAUUCAUUGAGAUGUUGCAUGAGCUAAGCUGCUUUUAUUGUUAUCAGAAUUACUUAAAAUGUACUAAUGAAUGUGUAACUUGAAUUUUUUUAAAAAAUCUCUGAUAGUUAGAUGUUCUUAGAUGUUCUGUCCUGACAACUUCAAUGUCACUUGGAUGUUUUUAUGGGCCUCGAAAGAUUUUUUUAAGGGAAUUUCACCAGCACAUUGGAUUUGUUAAUAAGUGAGUACUGAGGUGUUGCACUGUAUAUACUGUAUACAAAUAUAUAUAUUGUGAUUAUAGUAUGAUGAAAGGAAAUCCAGGGCUUGCAAAAAAAAAAAAGGGUUGUACAGCUUUGGCAUUAUUGGCAAAAUGAAUAAAAUUGUGGAAAAUACAACACUGUAAUCGAGAAAGAUGCUUUUGAAAUGGGGUAUGAAAUAAUACGAUGUAGAAGAUGUAUAUAACAUGAUUUUUGUCCUUGGAAAAAUAUUUUAAUAUACACAUCGGAUUUUACUUGGUUACAGUAAUAAUUGGAAACAAAGCCUCUGAUAUUAAAUAGAAAUAUGAAUAAAUACAA